AUGGCUUUCUUAUUCAAAUCCAAGAAUAAGGAUAGGGAAAAGGCACGCGACGCUGCUCCCGGUUCAUCUGGCGCUGCCUCGGGCCGUACCAACUCGAGUCGAGAUGAAAAGAACUCGCUCCAACGAUCCACGCCAACAGGCAGUCUAAACUCCCUCGAUGUGGACGCCAUGUCCAACAGCCCCGAGGCAUUUCCUCGCCGCGGGGCCAGCGUUGAUCAACAACCCCAAGCACAAUCAGAUCUUCCUUAUCGAAAUGGCCCUCCCGUUUCUAGCCAGAACUCCUCGCUCUAUCCCUGGUCGCAGCGCCGACUAGCCUAUACCACGUCUCACCCGAGCCCUUUUCCUCGAUACGGCGCUGCGGUCAACUCUGUCGCGUCCAAAGAAGGCGACAUCUACAUAAUGGGCGGUUUAAUCAAUGGCGCCACCGUGAAAGGCGACCUUUGGAUGAUUGAAGCCGGAGGCAACAUGUCUUGCUACCCCCUCGCAACCACCGCGGAAGGCCCCGGCCCCAGAGUUGGACAUUCCAGUCUUCUUGUCGGAAACGCCUUCAUCGUCUUUGGCGGCGACACCAAGAUUGACGAGUCAGACGUUCUCGAUGAAACCCUAUAUCUUCUAAACACAUCUACGAGGCAAUGGUCUCGAGUUUUACCUUCUGGGCCACGGCCGGCAGGUCGAUAUGGCCAUUCCCUUAAUAUUCUCGGCUCCAAAAUCUUCGUGUUCGGUGGUCAGGUUGAGGGUUAUUUCAUGAACGACCUCUGUGCCUUUGACCUUAACCAGCUCCAGACCCCCAAUAACCGAUGGGAAAUGCUUAUUCCGGGAGGGGAUGCGAGCGCAGAUAAUGUGCCCCAGGCGCGAACAAACCAUUCGGUUGUCAACUACAACGACAAGCUUUAUCUAUUUGGCGGUACCAACGGUUACCAAUGGUUCAACGACGUCUGGAGUUAUGAUCCCUCCUCGAACGCUUGGUCACAACUUGACUGUAUCGGCUACAUACCAGUGCCUCGUGAAGGCCAUGCCGCAGCCAUCGUUGACGAUGUUAUGUACAUUUUCGGUGGCCGAACCGAGGACGGCACGGAUCUCGGAGACCUCGCAGCCUUCAGGAUUAGCUCGCGCAGAUGGUACACAUUCCAAAACAUGGGUCCUUCACCCUCUCCCCGCUCCGGGCAUAGCAUGACUGCUGUCGCCAAGUCUGUGGUGGUCGUUGGAGGAGAACCCAGCUCGCCCGCGGGUUCCUCCUCUGACCUCGCCGUCGUGUAUGUCUUGGACACGACCAAGAUCCGCUACCCCAGCGACUCGCAAGCAAACUCGAUAAAAGCGGCGCAGCAAGGUCGACGGCCAAGUGCGAGCGAACAAGGCGCCCCAGGCGUCGGCCGGCAAUCAUCUCGCGAUGGCAAUAAUGGUCCCGAUCCUAGGCGAGCCACCGCCGGAGGCCCGAUUGCCCAAGUGAAUGGACAGGCGAACGGCUACCGCAGCCCGCAGGGCUCUGCAGACUUGACUGGCCAGGGACCCCAACGAGGUCCCUCCGCUGAACGCGAUGCACUCGCAAACAAUGUGGUGCAAGCUAGCCUCAGCCAAGCCCCGUCCACUGUGCGCGAGGUCAUCCAAGAGGUGGAACCACCAACCACGAAUGGGCGUCGGACCCCCACUCAGCAAGCCUCCCAGAAGCCAGUGGCAAGGCCCGAAGCCGCUCUCGCUCUCGCCGAUGCGCCGAAACCCAAGCCUAAGCAACGGUCCCCGGCAUCUGGCGAUGCUGAGCCGCAAGUCAAAGCGGCCCCAACGCGGCCGGCCUCGCCUCCACCACCCACGCGCCAGGUUAGCAACCCAAUCAACAGGAGAUCAUCUGGAAGAAACUCGCAAACCGUCGCUCUUCUGAAAGAGUUGGAUACAUCGCGGAGUCGCAUUGCCUGGUACACAUCGGAACUCGAGCUGGCGCGCAAGGCGGGCUACACGCCGACGUCGAGCCUAAGCCCCGUUCUCGAGACCCGCGGGCCCGAAGCGUUUGAUGACGAGGACAAGCCUCUGAUUGAGGCUCUUCUCGCGAUGAAGGCGGAACUGGCCAACGUACAAAGCUCCGUUGACAAGCAGGCCAUCCUUGCCGCAAAACAGAUUGCGGAGGCCGAAAAGCAGCGAGAUGUCGCAAUUCAGGAGGCCGUUUAUGCGAAGGCUAGGCUUGCGGCGUUCUCUGGCAGCAGCCCAAUGAGCACGCCUCAGCUGGACGGCGACCGCGAUGGCGAGGAACGGACGGCAAACCUAAACAAGAAGCUAGCGUCCGCUCUCGGCUUCCAGAAAGACUUGCAAGCUCAAACGGAACACCUCAAGAUGGAACUCGAGGCAGAAAGGCGAGCCAGACAACUAGCUGACGACACAUCAAACGCUUCCCAGAAGCGAAUGGAUGAGCUUGAAUCCUACAAGCAGUCCACGUCGACGGACUUGGAGCGCUUGAAAUCAGAGCUUCAUGUCGCUCAGCGAGAGGCUAGGGAGAAGGCCGUCUCGGCUACCGACGCCUUGGCAGCCAUCAACCUCCUCAGGGUCGAGAAGUCGGAGCUAGAAGGCAAGUACGGAGAUGCCGUGAGCAGCACAAAGGAACGCAACCAAACCCUUGAAUCCCUCCGUGCGGCCGUGGCGGCUUCGGCCGAGAAGACGACGCAUCUCGAAGAAAAGCUGGAGGCGGAACGAGAGUUGCGUGAAAAGGCGGAACUUAAAUAUAACAAACUCAAGGGUGAGCACGAAGUUCGCACCGCGGAGCUUGUUGCCGUCACUCAGCGCCUCCGUGACGCCGAGGUACUCGCGGAAAAGAACGCGCAGGAAGCCAAGACUCACAGGGAGGCGGUCAUGGCCGGCCUCGACAAGGUGGUGGCCACCGACUCUACGAGAUCCAACAAGGUCGGUGCGGAGAGCCUUGUAGCCCUUCAGGAGCAGAUCACGGCGGCAACUGUUCUCGCCAAGAAGUACCAGCAAGAGGCCGACUCGGCCGCCGAGAAGCUACGCGCCGCUGAAGAGCGAAUCGCCGGGCUGGAGGCAUACCAGGAGCAGGCGAGCAGGGAUGGCGUUUCGAUUCGCAGGCAGCUACAAACCGCACUCCGGGAGACACAGAGCCUUCAAGCCGCCAAAUCCGACCUCAAACGCGAACUCGCCACGCAACAGCUCGAAACGAAUGCGAUGACGCCCUACCAGUGCGUCCAGGAACAGGAGUUUGGGCAGCCCCGUGCAGGGUCGCCCGAGCAGGCGCGCAUCCGGGAGCUUGAGAGGCAGCUGUCCGUCGCGACCUCAUCCCACGAGGAGGUUAAGCAAUCAAUGAUGACGGCGCUCCAAGCCUCGGAGGCUCAGUACCGCGACAAGCUGGCGCAGCUCGAGCAAGACUACAACUCUGCGAUUGCGUAUCUCCGGACGACAGAAAAGAUGCUGAAGAAGCUCAAGGAGGAGAACAAGCGGCUCAAGGCGCAGGUCGAAGAGUUUGAAGAUCAUGCUGCAGAGCAAGAGAAUAGCGAGGCAUCGGCCGAGUGGGAAGCGGAGAGGGGCAACCUGCACGGGCAGAUCCAGGGUCUUCGGGAAGAGCUUCGCGCAUCGUCGAGCCAGCUCGAAGCGCGGGUGGCGGUCAUCGGCGCAGACCUUGAAGCGGCGAAGAAGGACCGUGACGUCGCAUUCAAGUCGGCGGAUGAGGCUGUGUCUAAGCUUACCGCCAACAAGAAGGAUCUCGAGCAACUCCAACAAGAGAACCUCCUUCUGGAGCAGCGGGCGCAGGAUGCGGAACGCAAAGUGGCUCUCUUGCUCGACCAGGUCGAGUCUUCGGUGGAUAACUACCGCCGCCAGAGCCGUCAAGUCGUGAUGGGUGGGGUGAGCGCCGCCGCGGGCACCACCACGAAUGGCACCAGUGCGCCACCGAAUGUGAUUGCGCACGACCGCAACGAGAGCUCGGGGACAGAGAGCGUGUACGAAACGGGAAGCUUUGAUGCGCGCAACAGCACAGCGCUAGAUAAUCUCGCGAGCGAACUUGAGACGCUGCGAUCGCAUUGGGAGACAACCAACAAGAACUACCGGCUAAGCAACGCUUUCGAUUUCGAUAUGAACGCCGGGCCUGCGCCCGCAAGGACGGACGACGAUAAUGGACUCGGCCUCAGCGAAAGCCUCGCCGACUGGCGCAAGCGUCUCGAUGUCGAGGAGCGUGAGGGGAGCCUCGAUGGACGAACCAAGAAUGCCAGUCGCCCGUAA